AGGUACCUGCGGUUGCUGCAGUGGCUCAAGAUGAUUUCCUGCCUGGGACCUGGAAGCCUUUCUACACAGGAAGUGACAUCUCACGUUCAAAAGGCUGAGGUGACUGGCUCAACUGUGACAGAACAGAUCAAAUCAGUCGUUUGACUGAUGGGAAAGACAAAACGUUUGAAGACACACAGAAGAAAAAGAAGUGGAUUUAAACGGACAAAACGAUGCUGCUCUUGGUUGUCUUCCUCCUGGGAAGGGCAGUAGGCAGUCAUGGUGGCCGCUACAUGCCUGGUUCUGUGGUCAACGUUAACAGAGAUGACCGUGGUCUCCAGCAGGCUGUCCUGGCUGUGGCCUACUCUUUCAAUAACCAAUCAAACGACGCCUUCCUCUUUAAACCGUUAGCCAUCCGCACGGCUAAGAAACAGAUUGUCAAGGGAGUCCACUAUAUUGUAGAUCUGGACAUUUGCAGAACUGUGUGUCGUAAACAGAUCAACAACACCGACUUUUCUCACUGUAACUUUCAGCCUGAACCUCCACUGAAGCAGAUAUUUCAGUGUCACUCAGACAUUUGGAUAAUUCCUUGGAGAAAACAGACAAAGGUUGUGGGUUUGACGUGUAAACCAUAAGUGUCUUUUUCUAUCUCUUCCUCCUCAUGUGUCCCUGUCCAGAUGUUUCUCUGUUCGUUUUAAUGUCUGAUACAUACUGGACAUUUACAUGAAGCCAUAUUUCCCUUCUGUCAGUUUGCAUAAUUAGACUGCCUCCUGCUGUUCACGUGAGAAAAAGCUGCCAAUAAAUUCGAAAACGGAACUUC